CGGCCAGUCAGUUAGCUGCUAUCUGUUUGACAGUGGGUAGCUGCAUAGACUGUCAAAAGAAGGGAAGCUAGACGUCAACAAGAACCUCAGUAAAUAUUUUUUUCUCGUAGAUCAUGGCAAAUGGGUUUAUGACAGAAUAAAUUUCAGAGCGACUUGGAACAAAUAUCUGGAUUUCUAGUAUUUUUCACAUAGGAAGGUUGGGAGUCUAUGAGUAGGGAUGCCUGUCGAAAGUGGAAGCAGUGCAGCUUCUCGCCAGGCCAAGCAGAAGCGCAAGUCCCACAGCCUGUCCAUCCGCCGGACCAACAGCACAGAGCAGGAGCGCACAGGUUUACAGAGGGAGAUGUUGGAGGGCCAGGAUUCCAAAUUGCCAUUGUCUUUGAGAAGCAAUCUUCUGGACCUGUUUGGCCAGAUUGAGAGAGAGUUUGAAAACCUCUACAUUGAAAACAUUGAGUUGCGUAGAGAGAUUGAAACACUGAACGAUCGUUUGACAGCUGAAGGACAAACCAUCGAUGGGGGAGAUUUGACAAAGGGGGCACUUAAAACAAAAGCAAGUCAUAGCACAAGUCAACUUUCACAAAAACUGAAGACCACUUAUAAGGCAUCUACAAGCAAGAUCGUUUCCAGUUUUAAAGCCACCACGUCCAGAGCCGUGUGCCAGCUGGUCAAGGAGUAUGUAGGUCACAGGGAUGGCAUAUGGGACCUGAGUGUCACCAGGACACAGCCCGUGGUGCUGGGCACAGCUUCGGCAGAUCACAGUGCCAUGCUAUGGAGCAUCGAGACUGGGAAGUGCCUCCUGAAGUAUGUGGGUCAUGCAGGAUCAGUUAACUCUAUCAAGUUCCAUCCCACGGAACAGAUGGCUCUUACAGCGUCUGGUGACCAGACAGCCCAUAUCUGGAGGUACAUGGUGCAGCUGCCCACCCCACAGCCUGUAGCCGAUAUCAGUCAGACGCCCUGUGACGACGACAUAGACUUCUCAGAUAAGGAUGAGGCUGACGGGGACGGUGAGGGCCCUAACGAGUGUCCCUCCAUCCGCAUGGCUUCCACUACCCUCAGGAGCCACCAGGGGGUUGUCAUCGCUGCAGACUGGCUGGUGGGGGGCAAGCAGGUGGUUACCGCCUCCUGGGACCGGGCUGCCAACCUGUAUGAUGUGGAGACUUCUGAGCUCGUCCACUCACUCACUGGCCACGACCAGGAGCUGACCCAUUGCUGCACCCACCCCACCCAGCGUCUGGUGGUCACCUCGUCCAGAGACACCACCUUCCGUCUGUGGGACUUCAGAGACCCCUCCAUCCACUCUGUCAACGUGUUCCAGGGACACACCGACACGGUGACAUCAGCAGUGUUCACUGUGGGGGACAAUGUGGUGUCUGGGAGUGACGAUCGCACCGUCAAGGUCUGGGACCUCAAGAACAUGAGGUCACCCAUAGCAACAAUCCGCACAGACUCUGCAGUCAAUAGGAUAAGCGUGUCGGUGAGUCAAAGAAUCAUUGCUCUUCCUCACGACAAUCGACAAGUUCGGCUGUUUGACAUGUCAGGAGUGCGGCUGGCUCGACUCCCACACAGCAACAGACAGGGCCACCGGCGCAUGGUGUGCUGCUCAGCCUGGUGUGAGGACAACUCCUCCUGUAACCUCUUCAGCUGUGGCUUCGACAGGCAGGCCAUCGGAUGGAACAUCAACAUCCCAGCUCUGCUGCAGGAGAAGUGAGCCCAGCCCAGACAGCCCUGAGCCAUCCGCCUGGCCCAUCUGCUCACUGAACCCCAUGUUAAGAGCUGAUCCCUGGUCAGUUCAGUCAGAUGCCACCACCCUCAGGCAGGGAGGGGAGAAGAUCGAUCGAGGACCACUCUCUCUCUGUGUCAAGUAUUCAUGUUCUUCUCAUACUCCAAAUGUGGUCACAGUCUGGUCUGCAUAGUUUGAUUAUACAUACCGUACUACAUACAUGUGUGAUGGUGUGUGUUGGUUUUCAAACUUGCCCAUGUAUGUACAGAAAAUGUAAAGGACUACUCUCUGCUUUGUUGUUGGGCUUAUAUUGAUCAGUUUAUUCAUGACUUUCCUUCUGAAGAUAAAUAGCACUGACAUAAAGAAGGUACGGGGGGAUUUUGUAGUCACCCUAAUUUUCAGUUCAGAAUAGGUCAGGCACCUUUUUGAUGGUGUAGCCUCGUUGAUAAUGAACAGCAUUUCAUGGAGACUUGUGUUAGUACUGAAAUGCCACACAUCUGCUUUCGAAGCCACCUUAAACGCUCAGAAGUACAGCUAGCCAAGCUACUGCAUAUCUCUGUGCCAUUUCGGCAGAGCCAUACUUUGUCAAGGUUUACUGCAUAUCAGAGCCAUACUUUGACCAUCUAUUGGUGAUCAACUGAGCACUGAAUAAGGAACAUGCAGAGCUGCUACAGUACAGUGUUCAAGUGGCUCUGUCAUGCACCUUUUAGAACCAAUAGCUGUUGCAAUUUUAUUUGUUGUUAAACUGUUUUAGCCUAAAUACCAUUGCAGCUUUUGUACAGACUUGAAAGAAUCCUACUCUUGAGUCCUAGACAGUAUGUUGUACCAGUGGAUUAAAUUGUGUAAACACCCCAUGUUUAGAGGUUGAGGUUGAUCGUCUUCACCAUUUUAAUAGGCUCUUCAUUCAGGUUGAGGUUGAUCGUCUUCACCAUUUUAAUAGGCACUUCAUUCAGGUUGAGGUUGAUCGUCUUCACCAUUUUAAUAGGCACUUCAUUCAGGUUGAGGUUGAUCGUCUUCACCAUUUUAAUAGGCACUUCAUUCGUGUGUAAUAAUCAUAAAUGAGUCUUAGAAAGUAAGACGUCAUGAAAUUGCUGUAGAGUUUACAAACAAUAAUAACGUGAAGUGUUUCUUAGAAUUAGUCAGUAUUGAACCUGUUACAGGGAUAUAUAGGUCAGUAACUUGUUACCACGUGGUACUUCCUUGCGUAAGUAAGUGGGAUCUCUAAGAGCGUUCUAAUGCAAUAGCUGUAACAUGCUUGGUGUGCUCAGUGAUCAUGGCGUUAAUUUCUUCAUAGGAAACUAAAAGAAGAAGAGAUUAUGUGUUUGAGGUAAGUGUGAUGUCAUAAAGUAGCUGUGUCUGUUUUUUAGAGAAAGAGAAUCAAUGUUUGACUUGAAAACAUUUUGAGUGUAAUUGUCUGUGAGAGUCACUUGGCAGGCAGCACAGUUGACUUGGUUACAUUCCUGCUCUUACGCAGACAAAUGUUACAAAAUUCUGCAUCUGUAUCUCAUGAGGCAAGCCAGCUUUAUUGCAAUCGUAAAUGCUUCUUUAGAGACAUAGAUAUGCUUUGUGUUUUGCUAACUUGUAACAACAUAUUAACUAUUGAUAUUUAUACAAUAAGUCACGUUGAACAUCUUUUAUCCCAUUAUGGAAUCGUUAUUGUGACGAAAUAAAGUUGUUCCAGGUGUAGGCCCACGGUUCUAAGUGAGCGUAACUUUCCUUCCACAAUAAAUUUCACAUCUGGGGAAAAUUAAAUGUAAUCAUCUCUAUUCAAAGGGGCCUAUUUGGCUUAAUGGUGUAUUCUUGCUGCAUAUUUUAUUAUCCUUUUAACUUUGAGGUGAUCUUUUCAUUUCCACUAGUUCUUCAUCCUGUGCAGUUAAAAUCAGUUGGAUCUCUUUGGUUUCAUUGGCUGAAGUAUUGUUUUAAUCUAUAGUGGUUUGCAUGUAGUCUUUCUCAUGUACCGUCUACAUCAGGGAUGUCUUAGGGGUUACUCCUAGCCUGGUCCCACAUCCAUUUGUGCUCUUACCAACUCCAUUGGUCAUUGUCAAGCCAAACAUGACACUACUGUAAGUGACAAGGAGUUGGCAUGAUGGCACAAACAGAUUGGCACUGAAAAUAGGCUACUGCAGAUGUGGUUGUGCAGUUCUAUGCAUGACUAAUACCACAUGAUGUAGUACUAGAGGCAUUGAUUAAGUGACUAUAGUAAUCUGUUACAUGGGUUGGUAUAAUAAGAGAUGUCUCUUGGACCGUAGCUGUCCAGGAUUGUAAUCCGUGAUUUAAGUGAAACAAAUUUGUUUGAAAUAUCAAAGAAUCAUGGCCUGUGAAUGUGAAGUCUAGCCUGGUGCCAGAUCUGUUUGUGCGCUUGCCAACUUCAUUGCUCGUUUGGCAUGACAAUGAAUGAAAAGGAGUUGGCAUGGUAGCACAAACAGACUGCCACUCAGACUACCUGAACUCCUGAGCCACCAUGUAUAGCUAGUUGACCAUGUUUAUCAUCACUUUCUUCAUGGAUUUAUUUACAUUUCAGUCUCAUGGUUUUAUCAGCUGGUCAUGUAAAUGUGGUCCUGGUGUUCAUUUCAAUGGAGUACAGUGCUUGCUUGUUUCCCAAAUGGCACCCUAUUCCGUAUGUAAUGCGUUACAAAGGGAAUAAGGUGCAAUUUGAGACGCAUACUCUCAUUACAUCAUACAAACUUAGCAGUAGAAAUCAACAGUGUAAAAGCUUUAGUAAAACUGUGGUUACCUACCUAAUGAUAUUUUAUGUGGUAAAAUAGGUUCAUUUUAACAAGAGGAGCUCCACUAGUACACAUCUCAUAACAUGAAACAGUUUAGCUGUGUGUGUGUGUGCGUGCACCCGCAUGGUGGCUAUUCAUAAUGAACAGCAGCUUGUGAAAUCAAAUAAAAUGUUGUGCUGUUUCAUUCCCUCA